AUGAUCCGCGAUAAGAACACGCAGCGCUCCGACUUUAUUUUCUACUCGGACCGCAUCAUCCGCCUGCUGGUCGAAGAGGGCCUGAACCACCUGCCCGUGGUCGAGCACAGCGUCGAGACGCCAACAGGCAUGUCGUACAAGGGUGUCGCGUUCCAAGGGCGCAUCUGCGGAGUAUCGAUCCUGCGUGCCGGCGAGGCCAUGGAGGCAGGUCUCCGCGAGUGCUGCCGGAGCGUGCGCAUCGGCAAGAUUCUGACGAGGGCACCGCCAAGCCCAAGCUAUGUCGACCACGCACUGACACCAGCUACGGGCGGCUCGGCCAUCCAGGCCAUGCAGGUGCUCGUCGACCAUGGCGUGCAACCCAGCAAAAUUCUGUUUCUCAACAUGAUUGCCAGUCCCGAGGGCCUGCAGAAUAUUUGGCAGGCCUUCCCGGAUGUGCGUGUGAUCUCCGCCUGGGUCGAUGCGUGCCUGUCAGACCAACAAUAUAGUACGUGGAUAUUGCUCACGCCAGUCCUGCCAGGCCUGGGCGACUAUGGCGAUCGCUACUACAGUGGUUAG